CGAUCUGAUGCAGGACAUCACGGAGCAGCAGGACGUCGCUCGAGAAAUCAGCGACGCCAUCUCCGGACCUUUUGGAGAGACGUUUGACGAGGACGAGCUGCUGGCUGAGCUGGAGGAGCUGGAGCAGGAGGAGCUGGAGGAGAACAUGAAGAGGAUGGGAGGAUUACCCAGCGUGCCGAGCAGCAAACUGCCCUCAGCGAGACCAAGCAGUCAGCGAGCGACCACUAAGAAGAGAGUUGAGGACGAGGACGACAUGCGGACGCUGGCAUCGUGGGCGGUUUAAUCACGUUACCUCUCUCUCUCUUAGCUUUUAAUUAUUAAGGGGAAAUGAAGAGCGUUAUAUUGAAGCCACUUUACAGCUGAUAUUUAUGGAGGAUUAGUGAAGGAUUAACAGAGGGUACUUUAGAUGUGUUUAUCCUCCUAGCUGUUGUUGUUGUUGUUGUUGUUUUACAGCGUGUACAAGAAGUACUUAAUUAAAAUGAAGGUAUGAGGAAACCACUGUUGUUUCUAACUGUAAAUAAAGUCUGAUUUUUGCAUUAAUGUUGUAAAUAAACUGCUUUGAUCAAUAAACUAAUCUCCUACA